AUGAACCAAAUUCUUAAUAGUAACGCAACCAUAAUUUGUAAAAAUAUUCCUAUUGAUAUCAAUCAUGGCCCAUUAUUAGGAGAAGGAAUUUAUUUUGGUAAAAAAAAAAGUGGUAUGUUUUUUAUAAAGUAUGUGCAUUUUAAAGAUGCCAUAAAAGCUUAUGAAAGUCUAAAAAAUAACAAAAUAUGUGAGCAUGAUUUUAAAUUAUCAUUUAGUAAAAAUGAUGAGAUAAAAUACAAAGCUUUAAAAGGAAAUAAAAAAGCUAUUAUAGAAUUAAAAAAUAUUUAUAAUAAAAAUGAAGAAAGUAAAACUAAUAAUGAUAUAUCUAUUGAUAUAAUAAAUGAAUUAAAUGAACAGAAUAAUGAAUUAUUAAAAAAAAAGAAGAAAGAAAAAGAAAUUGAAAAAAAAAAAGAUAAAUCUUUUAUUUUAAAUUUACUGACAAAGACAGAUGAAAUACAAAUAAAUGAACAAGACAUCAAGGAAGAAUUAAAAAAUUAUAUAAACCUAAAUUGUUUAUGCUCCUACGACUUUGAUGAAAAUAAUAAAUAUGAUAAUUAUUUAACACCUAUAUUUCCUAAUUAA